AUGAAGCUCGUUGGUGACAUCUGGUUGAACGAGUCGAAGAACAAUAAUUUUGUAUUCUCUCGAUUCUCGAUAGACAAUGCUCUAGGGUUACAUGCUUCGGGAGCAAGUACUGAAACCUUAGAAAAGAUAUUAGGCUUUCUCGACUGUGAAAGCCUCGAUCAUUUACAUUCAGUUAAUUCGGGACUCAUCGACUCUUGUGCCCAAAAAGGACCUCAACUGUCUUUCGUUAGCGGUGUUUGGGUUGACAAAUCUUCUCCUCUUAAACCUACAUUCGAAGAAGUUGCAACCGGAGUUUAUAAUGCAAAAGUCGAGACUGUGGAUUUCAAAAAUGAGGAUCUCCUUCCUAAUGGAACUGUGAAUGAAGAUACAAAUGUUAUACUGGCGAAUGAACUCUAUUUCAGAGGAUUUUGGACAGAAAAUAAAUCUAACUCAACUCUUACAGAGGAAUCAGAGUUCUAUCUCCUCGAUGACAAGAAAUCAGUAAAAAUUCCCUUCAUGUCGAGUAACAAUUAUAAGCAAAUUAUUAGUUGCUUUGACAGCUUCAAGGUACUUCAACUCCGGUACCAAACAAGAACACAAAAAAAUGAUCGAUAUUUUUCUAUGUAUAUAGUUUUACCUGAGGAAAGAGAUGGGCUUGGUGGACUUAUAGGAAAGGAGUUUGGUGUAGUUAUGCCUUUUGAUGAAUCCAAAGCAGAGCUGACUGAGAUGGUGGAUAUUGAUGAUCCUAGUAAUGAACACAAGCUUCAUGUUUCAAAUGUUUAUCACAAGUGUUUUGUUGAAAUUGAUGAAAAAGGAACUAAAGCUGCUGCUUCAACUGGUAUGCAGCUAGCAACCAUGGCUGGAAGACCUCCUCCUCCUCCUGUUGAUUUUAUUGCAGAUCAUCCUUUCAUGUUCAUAAUCAGAGAGCAGGUAACUGGUGUGGUGUUGUUCAUGGGACAUGUCCUCGAUCCUUCUCUAGACUCGUGA